AUGGCAGUGAGGAAGCCCGAGUUCCGUCGGCGAAUUGUUUCCAAAGACGGCCGCAACAAUGUGCGCAUCAACAAUGUGGAAGGAAUGGUCAAGAUGUACCUGCACGAUAUCUGGACCACGGUGGUGGACAUCAAGUGGCGCUACAAGAUCACCCUGUUCGCCUCCACCUUUAUCAUGACAUGGUUACUUUUCGGGGUUCUCUUCUACUUCAUCGGUAUGGGCAAUGGCGACUUUGAACCCAACCUCAGCUCAAACCACACACCGUGCUUGGAGAACGUCAAAACCUUUACAGGCGCCUUCCUGUUCUCACUUGAGUCGCAGACCACCAUCGGGUACGGCUUCCGCUACAUCACCGAGGACUGCCCGUUGGCCAUCUUCACGCUAGUAGCCCAGCUGGUCAUCACCGGCCUGGCCGAGAUCUUUGUUACAGGGGCCUUUCUGGCCAAGUUGGCGCGACCCAAGAAAAGAGCAGAGACCAUCAAGUUCAGCCGGUGCGCUGUGGUUUGCCACCGACGGGGCCAACUCUGCCUAAUGGUUCGGGUUGCAAACAUGCGCAAGAGUCUUCUGAUCCAGUGCCAGCUCAGCGGUAAACUCCUCCACCCCAAUGUCACCCAAGAAGGUGAAAAAACACAAGUCCACCAGACAUCGGUGGACUUCCUCAUGGACUCCAGCAGUGAGUGCCCGUUCCUCAUUCUGCCGCUCACGUUCUACCACGUCCUGGAUGAGCGCAGCCCCUUGGCCGGCCUCACGGCAGAAAAUCUUGCCAGCCGCGACAUGGAGUUGCUGGUGACGCUCAACGCCACCAUGGAGUCGACGGCCGCCACUUGUCAGAGCAGGACGUCGUACAUUCCCGGUGAAAUCUUGUGGGGGUACGAGUUUAAGCCCGUGAUCUUCAGCACAGACAGCGGCCGCUACGUGGCUGACUUUAACUUCUUCGACAAGGUGCAGGUCUGCAAUGACGACGCCUUCCUAAACAAUGCCGAGAAGCUGAAGCUGGAGGAGGACUACAAAAAAGAGUAA